CCCUCUCGGACAGGUACGGACACAUCCACAGGUUCUGAGUGACAUGUUGUGUCAUGUGGCCGUCAGACAUUCCUCCUUCAUAGAGAGAGACCUGACAGUGUGUGUCGUCACCGGCUGAUCCUCGGAGGUGAACUGAGGUAUAACACACACACAUUUACUUUAUACUCCUACUCAUUUCAGAGGCAAAUAUUAUACUUUUCACUGUAUUUUAACAAUCACUAUACAUUAAAAAUACAUAUAAGCUGAUAUGGUAUAAUAUAGUACUAAUUUACACAUUCUAUUUUUAAAGUAUCCAAAUUGCUCGCCAACUACAACACUAAAAUGCUCUUACAUUUAUAGAAAACUGAGAAAAUAAUAACAUAAUACUGCAAUAAUAUCCAUUCUGCAUAACGAGUACUUUUGAUACUCGAAGUACAUUAAGCUGAUAAUACUUAUGUACUUCAUAUUAUUGUGAAAUGGGUCAUUGUGCAGAAUGAGUUCUUUUACUGUUUGUACUAUUUUUACUAAGUAACAUUUUUGGGAUCAGGACUUUUACUUGUAAUGGAGUACUUUAAGACUAUAGUAUUUCUACUUUUACUUGAGCAAAAGAUCUAGAUGGAGUUUUAUAUCCAACACUGAUUAAAGUCUUAUGACAGUUGGAUGACAUGAGAAGAAAAUGGGUGGAAAUCACACGUCAUCUGCACAGGUGAACCAUAUUACCAUGUAUUGAUAUGUAAUGUCAGUAUGUUGGCUUUAAAUGAGUGCAUGAGUUACAGGAACUGUUGUUAGAAAUCAUUACAUCUGCAGAAUGACUCAGAUAAAGUUGUGGGGAAACAAAACUAAUUUACAGCUAAAUGUAUUUUCUUAUCACGUAUCUUAUCAUAUUCCUCCGCUGUUUCACAGGUACAGUUGUUAAGAUGAUUAUUCAACAUUAUGUUACAUUAAUUAAUUAGCAAGCGUAAUUCAUUUGAGAGCUCAUAUAAUGCAUGAAUACAUUACAGGUUUCUCUUAUACAAUCCUUUAUUUUGAAGUCCCAGUGAACUAAAUAUGUUCCUGUUGCAGGACAACUGUACAUGCUGCAUAUGAUGAGCCACACAAGUUAUUUUAAUUAAUUGUAUCUUAUUAUGAGCUAUGAAUGGAGCGAGUAAAGAGUUGGGACCUUUGUGCGUGUUCCUUGUUGAACAUUUCCACUGUUAUCUGACUCCAGAUCAGCUGCAGCUCACUCACAUAUUUCUCUACAUGACUCAUUAAUAUCUGCUGGCAUCUGCCAUUAUUUCCACUCUGUUUUCUCAGAUCAACAGAUGCUUAGACAGUGAGAAUCCUGCCUCUGCCUCCUGAGUGCUGCACAGGUGAUGAAGCAGAGGAGACUCUGCUGCAGGGCUUCCUCGCUCCUGCUUUAAAACACAGUGUGACUUAAUGAGACACCGUGCACUCAGAUUAACCUGAGAGCGUCCCGGGGAAGGAUUGUCUGACAGCAUUAUAGGUCCCACAGUUUUAGAUUUUUUUUAGGCUUUAGGCCCCAACAUAUUAAAUUAAAGAGGCGAGCACACGUUAAAAAUAACCAACAAGUACACUGAAAGUCUUCAUAAAAUGUCACCUCUUUAAUAAAUCAGUGCAGAGGUGGUACAAAUGUGACGUGAUUGACCAUUUUUCUUAGAUUUCUCCCCCUCUGCAGCCACAUCUCCCCCUAAGGCCUCAUCCAUCCAUUCACCAGACUUUCUCCAUUUCCCCCCCAUGGACCCUCACAUCUACACCUGUCCCCCCUUCCUCUGCAGCCUGCAGGAGCAGGCAUCUUUUGGAGCACCAGGAGAGCCCCGUCCCUGGCUCAUACUGCCCGGUGAUUCCUCCCUCUCUCUCCCGCAGUGUGUGGAGCCCGGAGCCGCAGCAUCACUGCACCAGGAGGGUACCUUCAGUCGGAUACUCUGAGUGACAGCACCGGUAAACAGACCAGCAAGACAUUGGUGAAUCCUUCCAGGCGGUGAAGAACACUGAAGAACACUUACAGGUCGAGUGGGAGAUCGGACCGCUCCAAUCCAACAGAGGCUGCCCACCACUGAGGGGGGGCAAGUCAAAAGCAUGAGUUCAUGCAGCACAGAUGUUAAGGAAAAUCGCAACUUGGACAACCUCUUCUCCAAAGAGGGGGUUGCGGCUGAGGCUGCUCAACUCCCCAAUGGGAGUGCUGGGGGUGGGAGGAAACGUCCCUUAGAGGAGGGCAAUAAUGGGCAUGCACACUCCAAGUACAAGCCCAAGAAGCGUAAGAAAAUCCCCGGGCCCAUUCUGCCUAAGAACGCCCUGAUGCAGCUGAAUGAGAUCAAGCCGGGGCUGCAGUACAAACUGCUCUCUCAGACCGGGCCGGUCCACGCGCCCGUCUUCGUGAUGACGGUGGAGGUCAACGGGCAGUUCUUCGAGGGCGCUGGUUCCACCAAGAAGAAGGCCAAGCUGAACGCAGCAGAGAAAGCCCUGCGCUCCUUCGUCCAGUUCCCCAACGCCUCUGAGGCCCACAUGGCCAUGGGCCGGACUCUGUCUGUCCACACGGACUUCACCUCGGACCAGGCCGACUUCCCAGACAUGCUCUUUAAUGCCUUCGAGACAUCCCCCCCCGCAGAUGACCCCUUUUAUCUCACGUCCAACAGCAACGGUUCCUUCAGCUCUUUGGGAGUCGAGUACCCGUUGCUCCCCUCCCCCGUCCCGAACCUGAUCCAGGCCCCCUUACCUCCAGUCCCCUCCACCUUCAUGUCCCCUACAAGCGGCAAGAACCCUGUCAUGAUCCUCAAUGAGUUGCGGCCGGGCCUCAAGUACGACUUUGUGUCAGAGAGCGGGGAGAGCCACGCCAAGAACUUUGUCAUGUCGGUGACGGUGGACGGGCAGAACUUCCAGGGUUCUGGGCGGAACAAGAAGCUGGCCAAGGCCCGGGCGGCGCAGGCUGCUCUGUCCGCUCUGUUCAACAUGCAGCUGGACCAGGCCCCGUCCAGACAGCCCAUACCCAGAGAGGGACUGCAGCUGCACCUGCCUCAGGUUCUGGCAGACGCCGUCUCCCGCCUGGUCGUCGACAAGUUCGGCGAACUGACGGACAACUUCACGUCGCCGCACGCUCGGCGGAAAGUUUUGUCAGGGGUCGUCAUGACAACAGGUGCCGAUGUGAAGGAGGCUCAGGUGAUCUGCGUUUCCACGGGGACAAAGUGCAUCAACGGUGAAUACAUGAGCGACAGAGGGCUGGCUCUCAAUGACUGCCACGCUGAGAUCGUGGCUCGCCGCUCGCUCAUCAGGUUCCUGUACUCGCAGCUGGAGCACUUCCUCAGUAGCCACGAGGAGGAGCAGCAGAAGUCCAUCUUCAUCCGGUGUGACAGCAUACAGGGCUUCAGACUGAAGGAGAACGUGCAGUUCCACCUGUACAUCAGCACGUCCCCGUGUGGAGACGCUCGCAUCUUCUCCCCGCACGAGGCCGGAGUAGAGGAUUAUGGGGAUAGACACCCGAACAGAAAGGCCCGGGGACAGCUGCGCACUAAGAUCGAGUCUGGAGAGGGAACCAUCCCGGUGCGCUCCAGCAACACCAUCCAGACGUGGGACGGGGUCCUGCAGGGGGAGAGGCUGCUCACCAUGUCCUGCAGCGACAAGAUCGCCAGGUGGAACGUGGUGGGAUUCCAAGGCUCUCUGAUGAGCUACUUCACGGACGCCAUCUACUUCUCCAGCAUCAUCCUGGGCAGCCUGUACCACGCGGACCACCUCUCCAGGGCCAUGUACCAGAGGGUGACGGAGAUGGAGGAGCUGCCCCCGUCGUUCAGCCUGAACAAGCCGCUGCUCAGCGGUAUAAGUAACGCGGAGGCUCGUCAGCCGGGGAAAGCUCCGAACUUCAGCGUGAACUGGACGGUGGGGGACCCGGGGCUGGAGGUGAUCAACGCCACCACAGGGAAGGACGACCUGAGCAGACCCUCCAGACUCUGUAAGCACGCCCUGUUCGGACGCUGGCAGCGCCUGCACUGCAAGCUGUCCUCCACGCUGCGGAUCAGCGCGCCGCGGCCCAUCAGCUACAGCGACGCCAAGCUGGCGGCGGUGGAGUACCACGAUGCCAAGCAGUCGCUCUUCAAAGCCUUCCACAAGGCGGGCCUGGGCGCCUGGGUGAAGAAACCCAUCGAGCAGGACCUGUUCUCUCUCAACACUUGAGACAGGAAACAGACUGCUGCUUCACUUCCUGUACGGGGAAUCCUCCGUGUGCGUCGUCAUGGACUGGCCUGAAGCUCUAUAGCUCCUCCCUCUGCCAGCACAAACUUAUGCAACUUUAAAUAUGUAAAAACAGACAUUGGGAAUGGAAACUCUUUAGCACUUGUUUGUAUAAAAAUAGGGAUGUAUUUCUUUUGCAUGUGUGAUUAUACCAAAUUGAUUCAGUAGAAGGUUUGUCAUCGUGUGUCGGUGUUGUGAUACGUUGGAAAGGUCCUCCUAAGGGUUGUUUCUGCUUUGCUGCAGUUCUUACAAACAUAUUUCCAUUCUUCUCAGAAGUCUAGAAUGACAGGAAAGACUUUAGAAUGCGAUUCUACAGAUCCCCAACAUGUGGAGUCACAAUCCUGCAACAUUAGGAAGGCAUGCAUGUGAAUGUGUCUGUGAAAUAACACACAGCUUCCUGUUUUAAAGGCUUUUUCAACAGCUACAUUUGGUCUAGGUGUACCUGAUGGGAGCCAAGGGGAAAACACCAUGUUUGUAUGUAAUGUAUGAAAAGGAGUAUUGUGUUAUUUCUCCUUUAAAAGUUACACAGUGUCAUUUUAAAAGUGACGGCACUAUAAGGAUGGAUUAAAGUGGAAUCAUAAUAUAUUAGUUUUUUAAGUCAAGGUAGCUAAAAAGUUCAUAUACCUUCACUUUUUUCACAAUACAAAAAAAGAUCAGGUUAUUUUGAUUUGGUUUGCAGUAAAAACGCGAGGUAUCCAUCGAGUUUAAAACAAAUAUUUAAAUAGUACCCCAGCACAUUAAACUACUACUAGAACAAACAUGAACAAUCAAAUAAAUAAACAAUAAAUGAAUAGGUGUUGCUUUCACAACAAUUAACAAGUGAUAACAUAUAUUUUUAUAUUACUUCACUCGGUAGAAAUUGAGAAUAGAUAUGUGUCAUUUGAGCUCUCUGAAACGGUGUCACAACUUUUUCUGGACUGUUUAGUUGUUCCUAUGUGAUGUCAUGAUGCAUUUGAGUACGAUUAGCCUCUUUCACAUCCGACAAACCAAUUAAAGUCUCUUGUCGUGUUGCACUAGAUCAGGGUCAUGACCCUUAUGCAAUGAAACUCAACAGCAGUGAUGGUCCAUAUGCAGCGAUGCAGGAGUGAUGUCACUGUCACCACCAGUAAAAGCUCACCAAAGAUGUCAGCAGAUGACACUUUUUUUAUUUUCUCUCUUGUUUUACACUCAUUCAGAUGUACUUUUGUAUUCCUGUGAUCUGCCUCUAUGUGGUGUUGAUGUGUGAUGUUCAACUCUUUCAAACCAAACAGACCUGUGUCCUCGAAAGCACCGAAAUGAUCUCUACUCCAUGUCCUGAUCUAGCUUGUAUUUAGAACUGUGUUUUUAAUGUUGUAAAUUCCUUUUUCUGUCAUUUUUAUUUGCUGUUAAUCUCCUCCAAACACACACAGGGCAUACUUAACCAGUUGUUUUCUUUUUAAAUCUUCCUGCUUCUAUGUAUUGCUGAAAAUGUGUCUGACCUUUGAGCAUGUGCAGACCUGUUCCUCACUCCAGAUUGGGCCCUCUGGGUUUUUAGAGGGGUUUCCAAAGGGAGAAACUGUUUUCUCCAUUGCCUGUGAGGUAAAGCUGGAGUGAACGGUGCACAUGUUGGUGCUGGGUGAGCCUCACUACUUUACAUGAACAGAUGUGGGGCCUGAUGCAUGAGCUCCGCCUGUAAAGCAUGAGAACUAUGAAUAUAAAUAUGUAGAGUCAAGUCACUGAGCUAGAGAUUUAAUAAAAUGCUGUUACAGUCAU